AUGGCUGCUACAAGAACCCUAUAUGGCUCUUCUCGUUUUGCUUCUUCAUCAUCUUCGACACAACCUCGCUGGAGCUAUGACGUGUUCUUGAGUUUCAGAGGUGAAGAUACCCGCAAAAACUUUACUGAUCACCUCUACACGGCUUUGGUUCAAGCUGGAAUUCACACCUUCGUGGACGAUGAUGAACUCCCAAGAGGACAUGACAUUUCUUCGGCCUUGCUAAAAUCAAUUGAAGAAUCGAGGAUCUCCAUCGUUGUUUUCUCGACACACUAUGCUUCUUCCAGAUGGUGCCUUGAUGAGCUCGUGAAGAUCAUUGAAAGCAAGAAAACACUUGGACAAUUAGUUCUCCCACUAUUCUACGAUGUCGAUCCAUCUAAUGUACAGCACCAAACAGAGUGUUCGGAGAAGCAUUUGGAAGACAUGAAAAGCGUUACGUGGAUGAGAUGGGGAAGGUGGAGAAUAGAUUCUCAUGUUGAACACAUAAAUUUAACGUUGAGCAUUGGAUCAGAUGAUGUUCGCAUGAUUGGGAUAUACAGCUUGGGUGAAAUAGGCAAAACAACCAUUGCAAAAGCCGUGUAUAACCAUAUUUUCCUCCAAUUUAAAGGAAGUUGUUUUCUUGCAAAUGUUAGAGAAGUUGCAGGAAAACUCAAUGGCCUAGUUCAAUUGCAAGAACAACUUCUUUUUGAAUUAUUAGGGACAAAGAAUCUAAAGAUUGGCAGUGUUGACAAAGGAAUUAAUUUGAUGAAAGAAGGGCUCCAUUCUAAAAAGGUUCUCAUUGUUCUUGAUGAUGCGGAUCAAUCAAGUCAAUUAAAUACCUUGGCAGGAAAUCGUGAUUGGUUUGGUCCAGGAAGUAGAAUCAUCAUAACAACUACAGAUGAGCACUUGUUGAAGGGAUUGAAAGUUGAUGAAAGAUAUAUGCCUAAGGAAUUAAAUCACGAAGAGUCUCUGCAGCUUUUCAGUUGGCAUGCUUUCAGAGAAACCAAUCCAUUAGAAAAUUUUGCAGAGCUUGCAAAUGAUAUAGUAAGUUAUGCUAGAGGGCUUCCACUAGCUCUUGAAAUUUUGGGUUCUUAUUUGUUUGGAAGAAACAUCCUAGAAUGGAAAACUGCACUUGAUGAAUUACAACAAAUUCCUCAUCAUCAAAUUCAAAAAAAAACUUAGGAUAAGUUUUGACUUGCUAGAUAAUGACAGA